AUGCCCAGACGCUCCCUCCGUCUCCUAGGCUACACCGCCGCCACCACUGGCAUAGCCAGCUACGGCAUCCACCGUGGACUCUGCUACUUGGAGGAGAAAUACCCAGAACUUCCGCCUGCAGCAGGUAGCAAGGCCCUCCGCGAACCAAGGCGCCCAGAUACCCAGCACUGCGCAUACACAAACAUUUACGCAGCAAAAAUACCCAUAAAAGCCCUCGAAGCGCGCGUUCCAAGCUCCAAAACACCAACAAAAACAGAGCUCGAGUAUGCCUGGGCUAGAGCUGUCUUGGGAAGCAAGACCCUACGAGCUGAGGGUUCUAUUGCCGGAUUGCUCACGAGCUUCCGCUUCACAUCGGGCGAUACAGGCAACUCGGAGGAAGGAUUCUCGCCGGACAAAACUACUGGUGCACCGCGUACUCUGUUGAACGGUAUAUUACAAGUACAGCGACUACCCGCCGCCGAUGCAGAUAGCAAUGGACUGAUUGUCUCGUCGGAAUUGCCGCCCGAAUCUCGCGAGUUCUUUGAGAAGAUCGCGCGGUGGGGGUAUCCCUGGCGCUUGAUGUCGUGCGUGCGACAUGAGAUGAGCGUCUCGGAGCCGUUCAAGAUAAAUGGACAGGGAACGUUUGUUGAAGUGCGGUUUGCAAGUGCGCAUGAUUAUGAGGUUGUGGAUGCUGAAGGCGCCUUGGAGAAACAGAAGGUCAUUCCAGAUUGGACUCUGAGGUUGCAUCGUGGGUUCGCUAGGUUUGUUCUCGAUUCCAUUGUUCGAGAGUUGCAGCGUGAUGUUGGGAAAUAA